GAAAGUACAAGGUUUACACUCAAUAAAAUAAAACUGUUUAUAAAUAAAGUAUUGUUUGAGAAUAUUAUUCAAAUAAUGUUUGCAGUCACACUGAUUACGUAACACUUGAAGAUGAGCAUGUGGAUAGUUUUGUUUUAAUCCAGGUAAGAAUGUGCGUCAUUUGUUUAUGGUUGGCCGUCAAGCCACAUUUAAUUUACCAACCUAUUUUACUUUGACCUUAUAUCAUUUAUUUGUUGUAAUAAAAGCCAGAGUGUAUCAGGAACAGCAUGACAUUGCAGAACGGUCAGCAACUGAUUCGAGGCAACAGUGAAGAUGGAGCCAUGGCUUUAUGCUUUGCUCUCCAGUCCCCUUUGCCUCACAGCAACCUUUUUCAACAUUAUCUUCUCUUUUUGCCUAAUGAGACCAGUCGCUGGAGUGACGCUUCGCAAUCCACUGCACUUCUUGUUAAGUGUUGUGUUAUUCAAUUCAACAUUUCAACAACUGGUGACUGUGCUGACCAUUGUUAUGCUGCUUUUUGAUGCACCUUUCUGGCUUCAAACGCUAACCAGAGCUUUGAUUUAUCAGUUUUUCUGCGCCAACUUCUCAUGCAAUGCCUGGAUCAGCAUUUUCUACUACAUUUCAAUUGUUCCUCAACAACAUCUCAUCUUUAUCUGGAUCAAGAGGAAUAUGAAUGCCAUAUUAUAUAUCGGUUUCGUUCUGAAUCAAAUAGUGCUUCUAAUUUCUUUGUCUAUGGGUACAGUAAUGUAUAUUUUGCUCGGGCCUGUUCCAAACAAUUUCACUUCACCUGAACUAAACAAAACAUCACCAGCAGAAAGCUUACAGUCAGACCUGUAUUUAUUUCAUGUGGCUAAUUUUACAUAUUUGCUAUAUUGCACCUGUCCGUUGUUCACAUUAUUAUUCUCUUGGGGCAAAACCUUUGUUUAUCUACGUGAACAUAUGAAAAAGAUGGGACAGAGCGGUGAAUCUUUUUCCCAACCCCAGCAGAAGAGCCAAAUGCGGGUCACAGUAACAGGCAUGGUACAGGCAGCCCUGUUUCUGCCCAGCAGCCUAUGGACUAUAGCAGCUUCUUUCCUCUACAUAACGGACCUCUUCGAAAUGGUUGAUCCCAAUAGAUUUGUCACCAUGACAUUCUGCUCAAUGUCCAGUUUGGGAAAUUUACUGUGUUUUGGAUUCUCCCAGUCUGUGUUUCGCCAUGGAACUGUAAGUCUCAUUAACAAACUAAAGAGACACAAAUGAGGUCUUAGGAUUUUCACCAUUUAUUAAGCAUUUCAUUAUAUCUGAUGUAAGCAAACGUAUUUUUAGAACAUGUAGGCUCUAAUCUAUAUUUUCACAUAAGUAAAAUUGAAAUAGGAAAUGUAUGGAAAUUAACAAUAAUGUUUUUAAGGGAAGACCAGGGAAUGUUGUAAAUGUUUUGUUUAAAUUUCUGUAUCUCAGUGGUUUUUGUGCUAUUUGUGAAGUUUUGCUAUAAUAUUCCCAUGAUCCUCUGCUUUGAAUUACAAAUCUACAAUUUAUCCAUAAACUGUGUAAUGUCAAGAGUAAGAGCUGUUUUUAACU